CGCCGGCAGCUUAGUGCCACGUUAAUCUCUCUGCCAUUCAUGCUUGACGGGGUCCAUCCAACAGCUGGAAUCUUCUAUACUCAGUAUGCUGUAACCGAGCCCUUUUAUUUGGGUGCCAUCUCCUUAUUCAUUUCCCUGCUUUUCAUCAUGAAUGCCCUAAUUUGGGGUCGCCAUGCCAGCUGUCUCUGUCCGUCCAAGGAAGAACCCAACUCCCUAAACCUGCUCUAAUGCUUAUUGCAUACCAUGGGGUACUCCGGUUUUCUUUCCCUGUCCUGCACAUUUACUGACUGAAUAGUUAUUAGUACUAGCUGUGGUCGUGGGAACUUGUGAUUGUCCAUUUUCUUUUGAGCCUUUCUCAGAUUUAAGAAGGUGCCCUAUUGUUCUCUCUCUGAACUUAGUUUGAGCUUUGAUCGUACUGGGGAUCAUUCAUUCCUUUUUUUUUUCCGGACAGGCGGCUGAUUGAAUGAUAGAUUAGUUGUUGCCGGAGAAUGCAAGCUAGUGGUGGUAUGCAGUAUGGAGUGGCAGAGGCCUCUCAAUUCAUGGUGGGCAGGGGUCCCCCAUCUCAUAAUAUGUUAUCUUCUUCUUCUUCUCCUCGGGACCAACGCCCAUAUUGCUCUCGCUCUGAACAAGAAGAAAAGAAUCCUCGAAAUCUGCAGCAACAGCAGCAUCUGAACGUUCAGAUGGUGGGAAUGGGUACAGAAGAUCCUCCUCCUCCUCACAUGGUGGACAAUCAUACAAAGCAGGGGGAAGGGGAGGCAAAUUAUUCCAACAGUGGAGGCGGUGAUGAUGAUGUGUUUGGAGGGGAGGUGGAAUGUGAGAGAGGAGGAGGGGUCGGGGUAGUCUGCACAGGCAAUCGAUGGCCGAGGCAGGAGACUCUGGCUCUACUCAAAAUUCGAUCCGAAAUGGAUGCCAGCUUUCGAGAUUCAAGCCUUAAGGGUCCUCUUUGGGAGCAUGUAUCACGAAGGCUGGAGGAGCUAGGCUACCACAGGGAUCCCAAAAAAUGUAAAGAAAAGUUUGAAAACCUUCAUAAGUACUACAAAAGAACCAAAGAGGGAAGGACUGGACGACAAGAUGGAAAAAGUUACAGAUUCUUCAGCCAACUGGAAGCUCUGUAUGCCAACAAUAAUAACAAAAUUAAUGGGCCCCUCAAUACUGUCACUCCUGUUUCAAAUGGAGAUGCCAGAAUUUCAGAUGCUGUGAAUAGCAGAAGUUAUAACGAUGAUAAUAAUAAUAAUAAAAAUAAUAUUGGAAUGGGAGGUAGUUUCACUGGGGCUACAACUACUGCAGAUCCCAAUUUCAGCGAAGCCAUCAGUUUUUCUUCAGACUCCUCAGAGAAGGAAGAAGAAGAGGAGGAAUACGAUGAGCCAAGGGACAGUUAUAGCAGAAAGAGAAAACGGAGUAACUCUAAGAAGAAAAUGAUGGCCUUAUUUGAGAAGAUGAUGAAACAAAUGAUGGAGAAGCAAGAGAGAAUGCAGCAAAUUUUUCUGGAAGCCAUAGAGAAGAGGGAACAAGAUAGAGCGAUUAGGGAAGAAACAUGGAGAAGAAAAGAGAUUGCCAGAUUGAAUAGGGAUGAGGAAUUAAGGUCCCAGGAACGUUCUUUGGCAGCUUCAAGGGAUUUGGCACUUGUUUCCUUUCUACAGAAAUUUACAGGUCAGACAUUUUCCCUCGAUCCCCAAUUGAUGCACCCUCAUCAUGAUCAAGAACAAGAACACGAGCAGGAGAUUAAUGUUAACUAUAAGGACUUAAACUCAUCUGUUGAUCCUAACAGUAAGAGAUGGCCUAAGCCUGAAGUCCUUGCAUUGAUAAGAAUAAGGAGUGGUAUGAAUAAUAGAUUUCAGGAAUCUGGCCCUAAAAGCCCAUUGUGGGAGGAAAUCUCUGCACAAAUGGCAUCUCUAGGAUACAACCGCAGUGCCAAGAGAUGCAAAGAGAAGUGGGAGAACAUCAAUAAGUACUACAAGAAGGCCAAGGAAAGUAAUAAGAGAAGACCUGAGAAUGCCAAGACCUGCCCAUAUUUUCACCAAUUGGAUGCUUUGUACAGAAGGGCUAUGCUCAACAAUCCUAAUAAGCUUAUCUCCCUGCAUGAUGAGGAUAUUCAGGAUCAUCAGGAAGAGCUGCUGGGUCAAGCCAGUGGAAGCAAUAGAGAGGAAAGUGCUCAAGGCCAUGGUGGAGAUGGAGAGGGGGAACUAUUAGUCAUCAUGCCACCUCCAGAUUCAGACACUGCUCUCCCUCAAACCCCUACAAGCAAUGCAUCCACAGUUCCAACCUUCUUUUCUAAUCCACAAAACCCAAGUGCUGAAGAAGGAUCCUUAACUAAGGGAGUAAAACAGCAAAAUGGUGUUAUGGAUGAGAUGCAAUCGACCCCACAGCGUGAAAAUCAGUCAGCUGGGGAAGGCAAUUCUGGGCAUCAGAUGAAAACAAUACAAAUAUCAGUCAUGAACAAUUUACAAGACCAUGAAAAGCAAAAGCAUGGAGAGCAGCUUCACUCAUCUACGGCAAGGGAUUCUUCAUUUAUGGAAAUUGUUCAGAAGCUCACAGCCGGGCCUCCCGAAUUUAAGUUGUCUAGUUUCUGAAUAAGUUACGUGAAAAUGCAGGAAAUUCAUUCUCUGUGUAUCAUAUGUACCAAUACUAGUAGUAGAUAAACACAGAUAGAGCCUGUGAGGUUUGGGUGUUAGUUCAAGUUGUAUAGAGAGAGGGUGGGAAAAGUAUAAAGUGGAUUGAUUGACGGGGUCUGGCCUAAACUCCGAGGUAGCAUCGCCAUUGUCGUUACCGGAUGCCAAACUCAGUUAUUGUUACCAAAUAAUAAUAACCAUCUGGAUCCACUGUUUGUGUUUGCGCA